GGGAAAACGUCAUGAACUUUUGGAAAUUUGCUAACAAUGAUUAAACAUAAAGUGAUAAUAACUUUUAAGCUGUAAUUUGUAAACAAAAAUUUGCGAAGUAAUAAAAAUUUAACCAACUACUGCACAUAUGUCGGACUGGACUGAGAAGAAGUUCAUCGAUUGCCUCUAGAUUGUUUGAUAGGUACACAAAAAACUUUCCAGCUGGUGCCAUUCGCGAAGGUGGAAAAUACAAGAAUAUAAGUGCUGUAAUCUAAAUAAACGAAAUUUGAGUAUAAAUUCUUGCAUUAAAUAAAUCGGUCGUACAUAAAUUGUAGCAGGCAUAUGUUCUGCUAUAGUACUCCGAUUUAUAAGCUCCUGGCAAUCAGAUAUACAAAAUAGCUUACAAUUGCCAAUUUUUAUAUUAUAGCUGCUUUCGCAGCAUUUAUACGACCCUAUUAACUUGGUUAAUAUAGCUAAAUUAGGUGCCAAUACUUUGACCUCGCUGUGCGCUGGAAAAACGCAGUUUGGUUGGGCUUGGUGCAAAAAAAACCAUUGUGUAUAUAUAAGAAAUCAUCUGCACCCCUUCCCUAACGUGGCCAAAACUCGAUAAGGCAAAAUUGUAUUAUCACACCUAAACAAGAAACUUUGAUAGAAAUGGCGGGUGUUCCCCCAAUACCACCGCUACUAUGCAACACUCCGCCUCCAAUUGAUUUUGGCGAAGAUGAUAACGAUUCCGGACUACCAUCUACAUUAACACUUGAAGAUGAUGAGUAUGGGGAUUUCGCUUUAGCAAGUGACAUAAAUGAAGAUGCGACAAAUGCCGAUGCAUCUUCAUUACCGCACACACCGCUGCAGUUCGAACUAAGUUCAUCGUCUACAAGUGGUUUCACAGAUGUACCACCAGUUUUGGAAGAUUGUGGAACUACUCCGCUACAGCCUGAAUUAAAAAGUUGCGCUGCACAGAAGGAAACAGAAACGAAGGUUCAAUUAAACGAAGCGAUUAACUACGAUGUUACAAGAAAACUAUCUGCAGAAUGUUAUCGAUCACAAACCCCAGACGCUAUAAACGAACUAGACGAAAUUGAUGCCACACUUGGUGUAGUUGCACCACCCACGCAAAAAGUUGUAAAUGACAAUAAACAAGUUAAUUUUGAUUCUAAUGAUGCCAAAAUCAACACUGCACAUACAGAAAGCCUGCCAACAUCAGCAAACCCCAUUGCUCUUAAAACUGAACGAGAAAGUCGAAAAGAAAAUACUUCGAUUUUGGCUAAAGAACAAGAUAUUAAAAUAAAGCCAAAAAUUAAACCGGAUAUUUCACAAUCACAACCCGGAACUGACAUAGUGUCGAUAGAAGAUCUAGCAGACGACAGCAGUGAUGAGGAGUGUCAUUGUUCACCAAAGAAAUCCUCCAUAUCGCCAACAUCGCCCUUAACAAGCGCCGAUGACAUGGUUUCCGCUGAUUUUUUUUCAAUUCAUGUUGUUGAUGUACCGUCUUUACCAAAAGAAGAAAAAUUAUCAGCACUUGCGGAAGAUAUAAAUAUGAAUAAUUUCUCAAAUCAUAAUAAUAAUGUCAUCAAUGAUCUGGAGAUGCCGACAAAGGAUAAUUGUACCGAGGAACAUAAUGAUGAUUUUGGUGAUUUUGCUGACUUCGAAUCAGUAGCUGAUUAUAUAAAACCAGUUUCUUUGCCAUUAGUGGCAUCUGAUGUUAUAGCGGUGCCCACUGUUGAUAGUAAUGAAAAUGUAGAAGCGGUAGACGAGCCCCCUACGGAUAAUGGCACACUAGCUAAUAAUGAUAAUGAUGAUUUUGAUGAUUUUCAAGACUUUUGUGUGGCGCCGACACCAGUUCCGACUCUAACACCAUUCGUAUCAGCACAAAAUUCAUUAGAUUCAGUAACAACAAUCAAUGAUAGCAUCAAAAAGAAUGUGGACUUGAAGGAAGAUAGUGUUGCAUCGUCAAAUACAGAAACCACGUUUCAAAAAAAGGAGGUUGAAAAUGAUGACGAUGACGAUGACGAUUUUGGUGAUUUCGAGAAGGCUACAUUAGACACACCCUCAAAUGAACUAACCCCAAAUGCUUAUCCGCCAACUGUGUCCAGUGGCAAUAUAAAUGAGCGGCUGAGUUCAGUGCUAAAAAUUAUGUUUCCAUCCAAUGAUGAUAGAGUUUCGGAUGAUUUCCAAUCAGGACCCGAAGCAAAAGUACCAGAAAAGUUGCCCGGUUUUCAAUCGCCAAACACUACACUUCCUUUUGAAUCGGUAGAAGCUGCCAAAGCCUUAGAAUUCCAGUGGCCACAAUCAGAAAUGCGACAUGCGCUUAUUCGUUCAAUAGGCAUUGAUUCGAGGAACAUUUUGUUUGGCGAAAAUUGGAAUCCAUCAAUGCCACGCUUUGCUGCCAAUCUUAGUUUUAAUCCUCUAAAGCCAAUGAAACCACAAACGGCCAACACAACAACAACAUCAUUCGCAGAUGCAGAAUCAUCGCACUACAACAAUAGCAGCAGUGGCAGCGCGGUUGAUGUGGACAUUGGUAGCUAUGCUAUGAAAACGGAUGUACCUGAAGUUGAGUUUGACUGGCAAAGCGCCGGAUUAGUGAAUCCGCUGGACGGGGUCAAGGGGGAGGCAAACACGCGAGAGGCUGAAACGAUUCACCCGCCGCCGCCUCUUGCACGGCUUGAUACACCCGAUGACCAGCGUCAAUCGCAUACAGCCUUUGCAAACAUCGGCGAUAACAUUUCCGAAACCCUAAGCAACAAUGAUACCGAAAUGACGGCGACACCAACAAAAGACAUUUGUCCUGCGCCGUUAACAUUGGAUAAGGCCACGUAUCAGUUUACCAUACAGGAGCAAGGCAUUACCACCACCAGCAACAGUAGCUGCGCCAGUCUUAGCAGUAAUAGCAAACCCUAUGACAAUAGUAAAACUUUGACAGCAUUACGUUUAGGUGGUAACAUCGUUGAUGACGAUGAUGAUGAUGACGGAACGGUGGUGACAUCUACCUACGCUGGACCUUUAAAGGAGACACACAUUUAUACACCAUCGAAGACGGAAUUAGCGACAGCAGGAAAAACUAGCAAAGCGACUGCCAACGGUAGCGAGCCAAUUGAUUUUGAUUAUGAAAUUGCUGCUGCGGGUAUAAUAAUCGAUGAGAAGGUAGUGAAAAAGGAAUAUCGCGAUGUUGAGUACAAUCCCGGCUUUAGCUUAGAAAUGGUGAAUGAAUACGCCACCGAAUCGCCUAUUGGAAUGCCUGCGCCAUUACCAAGUGAGCCGAUAUUGCUAAUGGCACAGACACAAGCGCAGCAGCAGCAACAAAAGACAUCUGCCGAAGUUGGCAACGAUGAAUUCUCCGAGUUUACAGAGUUUCAAUCAGUGCCACCACCACCACAAGUAUCAGUUCCCGUUAGCAUAACAGCGUGCGUGUCCCGAGUGGAACCACAUAGUAAAGUAACAAACAUUGGUCUACCCCCUGUCCUCCCAGCAGCUAUUGCCAAGGCAAAAGAAGCUAGCAAUACACCGAGUCGUACCAACUCACCCUCCAUUAUUGACAAUAUGAUACUCAGUCCGGCCAUACUGUUGCCACAAGCUAUUCCCAUAAGCGCAAAUAAUACAUCGGCAACAAAAGCGCCACCAAGCAUUGAAUGGGGAGAUACCUCGGCUAAUAUCAAUGCCGAUGAAUUAGCGCGCAUUGAGGAGCUUUUCCCGCAACCUAAAAUGACGGCCACCAAAGAUGCGACCUCUUCGCAAAAAACAUCGCCUACGCACAACUACGUGGAAAAUAAAGCGAAAAAUGCCUCAAUUUCCAUAAGCGCUUCAAUAGCGAUGAAGGAGCAGGACUCCACACUCAACGAUGACUAUUGGUCUGAGUUUGUGUCAGUGCCGGUGACGCCUCAACUGUCAAGCAAUGCAAGCCGACUAAACAACAACAACAAUAGUUGUAACAUUAAUAUGAAAGGCAGCAAUAAUAACAAUCAACCAGCUAUAACGCCAAAACGCAUCGUUGAUGCUCAAAUUAAUAGCGCAAAUAACAGCAAUAAGACAAUGCGGUCGCCACAUCAUCAACAGAACUCGAACGUCCAACGCACACUAACACCAACGCUACAGCGAAAGCCAACUCCACACACGAGUCUGAGCACCAGUAGUAAUAUCUGUAACAGCAAUAGUAACAUCAACAGUAACAGUAACGAUGAUGACUGGUCGGAUUAUGUGUCCAGCACUCCAGCACCAACGCAUAUUAAUUCUUACAUGCGCACAGUGCAGACACCUCAAUUCAAUAGCGCCGCUUGGCAAAACGCGAACUUUUACAAUAAUCCGCUUGGCUUAUACCAUCAACAGGCGACCAUGCUAACGCGCAGUUCACCCUUGACGUCACAGCAACAACAGCUACAACUGCAACAGCAAAUACAUAUAAUGCAGGACUUCUCUACUGCACCCGUAACAGCCCGUCCAAAUGUCACUAUAAAUAACAGCAACAAUGCGCAUAUCAGCAACAUGCAACAUUCCAAUUCAUAUUCACCGCUACAGGUGGGUAAUGCCAGAGUAGCGCCGAGCAUUUCACUAAUACCCGAUCUAGGUUUUGUAGCGCCAGCGAUACCAGUGCAUUCUGCUUUUGUUAAUGUAUUGCCAAAAACGAGCUUUAAUGGCAAAAAAUGACGUUUAUUAAAUUGCGAGCAGACGCACAAUCGUGGUCGUACAACGCUGGCACAUUCCUAUCGAACUCAUUUACCGAAUGCUAGUCCCGUCACAGCUGCUGCCACCACUUCCAUUCACGAUAUUUUAACAUAGAAGCAGCUAUACUCCAAUUUGAGCGGAAUUUAUAGAUGUGUGUAGUAAGGCAAAGUACGAAAAUAUCCAAAUAUGAAGGUGACAAAAAAGUUAAAUAAAUUAUAUUAGUAGAUAUCCCUAAGUUCAAUCCUUGUUAAAAAUGUGAAAUUAAUGGCUAAAGAUAUCACAGAAGGAGUUAUCUUAUUAAUCAUUCGAGAAAUAUUCGAUUAAGUCCAAAUUUCCUCCAUAGUUAAGUUAAAAAGUUUUUUUUUUAUUUAACUCUGCUAUAUAAAUACUUUAAAGAAACUAAUGGUAGGAAUGCUAGUGAUAUGAGCAACAGGAUCGCUUAGGGAUGAGGGUUAAUACACAAUUUAAUUUUCAAAACUACUUAUUUUCUACCUAAAAAUUCUGGACCAAGUGUAUGUUAAUUAUUUUAUUUUUCUGUUUAUUUCUUAUUUUAGUUUUUUGUUAGUAUAAAGUUCGGUACCUCGGUGAAGAUAGAUGGUAAUAGAUACUAGUAGCUAUAUAUAUCAUAUACUACAGCUACAUACAAAAAUCGCGCCUGGAUGUUGUUUUAAAUUAAAACAUGUAAUAUUUCAGGUUUUACUAUUUUUAUUCAAAAUACGGCUCUUAACAAUUAUAUGUGAAAAAUAGGGUCCACCUUGGGUAAAAUCCACCAAAGAGUCAAUUCAUGAAUACCUAAUUGUUGAGAACGUCGAAUGUUGAAGGUUGUUCAGCAUCGCCACUUUGCGCUACAACAGCAAUAUUCUCAACAGAACGUCCUGUGUUUGUUCUGCCAGUUCUUUUUCUAUGCUCGACAGAACCAGUUUCUUGAAUAUUUUUCAGCAACCUUUUUUAUUGUCGACUUAUUGGGACGAUUAUUUCCACGAAAAAAUUACAAUUUUUGCAAUAUGUACUUCUCGGUCGACCAUUUUCAUAACAAGUUUCAGUAGUUUUAAC